AUGAGGUUUCGCAGAUCAAGAUGUGCUUCGCUCUUGGUGGUGAUAGUGGCCCUCUAUCUUGUGAUACUUUCCAUUCUCCGAAAUAGUGCCGAUCGAAACUCCAGUUUGCUCUUGAAAAAGCUCGAGCUGCUUAACUUUGAUUUCGCCAGAAUGGGGUUUCUUUUUAAACCCAAGGACUCGUACUCCUUCAACAAGUGGACAGACAAGUUGCUCGACAACUUGGUUGCGGUGUCCAAUCCAGACGAAAUCAAAAUGUCCAAAUUUGCCGUGGAACCGGCCAACAAAUGGGUCACAGAUACCGUAAAUCUCCCGAAAUACUUGAAGGGAGAGGGUGAGAAUCCUCAUCUUGCGCCAUUUGAUCCCAGGUUCACUCUUGGAAUCUUCCUCAGUCAUAUCAAUCAGAAACUCCAACAAUCCGAUGGAAACCUGGAGAAGCUUGCGAUCGAUCACUUCCAUUGGGGCGAUUGGACGGAUCUUUCAGAAAUUUACAUGCAUGCGCUUUCGUCGGGCCAAGACAGGUAUCGUUGUCCACAGUUGGCCACUACGGAAAUUGGCAAGACCCUGCCAAAUGAUAUCAAGGAUUCUGCCACUUAUUGUAUCAACGACGAGGAAAUUGCAGAGAGGGCCAAAGACCCUUCCAAUAGCGAGCUGUUUAAACUGCACCUCGAGCAUAUUCUUCGUGACCCGCUUCGGCCGGGAUUUCAUGUCUAUAAUCAUCCAGGAAGAUCCUCCAGCAAGAACAUGGCAUUGAGUGGUGCCUCUUUCCUCAACGACUUCAUGCCUCCUCCACUUUCGGUGUUGUUUCUUAUCCCAACGGAGUCUCAAAAGUUUAUGUCAAUCAAUGUGCCCGUUAAUCAAGAUGUAUUGGGCCGUGUGAGGUUGGUGGACACACCCAUCGCUUCUGGAGUCGCUCAGGUCCAAGAUUCCGUUCUGAUAGGAGUAGAGGUUAAGAAGAUGGUAGAGCUUCUCAAAAACGAGGUCCAGACUGCCUUCUCUCCAACCAGGGACCUCUCAGCUGAGGAUUUCUAUGACCCUCUGGAAAGAGUAUUCAAAGAGCUCUCCAAUCACUACGAUAUGACUCCACAUGAAAAAAAUUAUUUCAAGAGUCUUUCGGCAUCAAUAUCGACGGAAAGAGUACCUAAAUAUUUCAACGAGGCCAGGUUGGUCAAGACUACCAGAAAUUGGAGCUUGGGUGGUCACUACGACUGGAGAUUCUUCAAAAAACUCGUCAAUUCAUCAGAUAAACAAUUGCCUAUCCUUCAUGGUCUUUUGCUGGCAUGGCUCAGAUUUACUAGUGCCAACAACUUGACAACAUGGGUUGCCCAUGGAUCGCUUUUGUCAUGGUACUGGAACGGCAUGGUCUUUCCAUGGGAUGCAGAUAUCGACGUCCAAAUGCCUGUUGUUGAUCUCCACAGACUAGCCAAAUAUUUCAAUCAGACUGUGGUUGUGGAUUUCGGACCCGAUGUUCAGAAUGAGGUGAGGUACGGACGGUAUUUCCUUGAUUGUGGAACGUGGAUCUCACAUCGUCAAACAGAGAAUGGUCUCAACUUCAUAGAUGCACGAUUCAUUGAUCUUGAUCUGGGGCUCUAUAUUGAUGUUACAGGCCUUGCUAUAUCGAACACCAUGGCUCCGCCACGUUACGACAAGUUGCUACCAAAGGAAUUGGAAAGACCUAAAUACUAUAAUAAUCCGCCUGGCAUCACAAAGCAUCCGAAAUUUGUGCCUCAGAACUCGCCAGACGAAAAGGAGGUGGAGAGAAAUACUUUAUUGCAUCUCUUCAAUUGCCGGAAUAAUCAUUUCGUGUCGCUUCCCGAGAUUACUCCUCUCAAAUUGACGUACAUGGAGGGAGUACCAGCAUACAUUCCCCACAAUUUUGUCGAUAUUCUCCGGAACGAAUAUGGAAACCAAUCGAUGAGCAGCCAGAAAUUUCGCACGUAUGCUUUUGCCCCUCGGUUGAGGUUGUGGCAGAACCUGAGGGUGAUUCGAGAGUAUAUCAAGAGUAUUAAAGAAAGACCAGAAUUUGAUAUGGGUAAUGAUAACGGCGAGGCUGCUGAAAUUCAAGAGAAGUUGUUGUUAUUCACCUUUACUGAUAAAGAUUACCUUUCAUUACUUUCAAAAGAAUCAUCACUUCUCACUGAAUAUGUUGUCACAAGAGAUUUGACUAGUCUCCACCAGCAGGAAAUGAAUCUCUUACUUGAUGGACAAUCUACCAAGGAUCUUCUAUUUGCGCAGGAUGGGCAUCUUAAGCAUGAAUUCAAAGCAUUGCGCCAUGAUUUGACAAAUUUCCAGCAUUUCAAAGACGAGUACGAUUUCGACAAAGAGGUUGCAAGUUUGGCGACAAGAAUUGCUGAACUGAAGCCGGCAAGUUGA